AUGCAUAACUGGGUUUGCUUUUAUCGCGAGGAGAAGAAGGAGGCUGACUACGAGGGCUUCAUUGUCGCAAAUACAGCAGAGCCCCGUAUAGUGACAGCUCGGUUCAAGUACCGCACCGUCCAGAAGCCGAUCGGCGGUUUUUUCGUCGGAACAAGCCCAGAAUUCGAACUGUCUCUCUACACCACGUGCUUCCUCAAGUACCCUAACGGAAAGUGUACCUGCCAAAUGAACGGGAAAAAGGUCAAGAUCAUAACGUACAGGGACAGAAGAACGUCACUUGUUGCUACUGCCUACCCUGUGGUUUAGCACAGCCAAAA